AUGGGCAACCCUUUGUCCCACACUGUUGCCGAUUUAGUCAUGGAAGCGCUUUUAGACUCCGUUAUUGCUAAACUUGAUUUUCCGAUUCCUGUCUUGAGGAAGUACGUUGACGACUUAUGCCUGGCCCUUCCGAAGGACAAAGUGAACGACGUUCUUUCCACAUUCAACGAGUACAACAGCAACAUUCAAUUCACCUGCGAAAUCGAGAACAACAAGAGACUCCCGUUUCUGGAUAUGGUUUUAGUUCGACAGCCUGAUCAGACCGUUAAAACCGAAUGGUAUGCCAAACCGAUGGCAUCAGGACGGUUUUUAGAUUAUUUCUCUACCCACCCAUUGCACAUGAAAAACAAUGUUGUCACUAACUUUAUGCGACGUGUGAAAGAUUUUAGCACUAAUUUAUCACCAAAGGAAGUUAAAACAAUCAUCGAUAGACAUCUGAAAAUUAACCACUAUCCCACCCAUCUAAGAAACCGAUAUACCAACAGAAUCAACGAACGAUCAUUACCAAUCAACCAACCACACUCGCAAGAUUCGCCCAAAACAUAUAAGCCACUGAUUUAUGUUCAGAAUCUUCGCAGUAGACUAACAAAGCUGUUUCGAACAGAUUUGCCAAACACCACUUUAGCAACACGGAACGAACGCACGGUAGGAGCUAUGUUCACAAAUAUGAAAGACAAAUUAGCAGCUGAAAACCAACGCAACGUGAUUUAUCGUAUUCCGUGUGGCAAUUGUGAUGCCUCUUAUGUAGGGCUAACGACAACACAGCUCAAGAAAAGGCUUAGCAACCAUCGUUCGAACAUUAACAAACUGGAACAACUCCUAAACCAGGAACACACUAGAGACACCAACACUCACGAAAUAGCACACCUGAAGGAGAAAACAGCACUUCUUCAACACAGCAUAGACAGCAAUCACCGGUUUAACCUGGAAAAAACAAUAAUUCUGGACCAUCAUCGCCGACCGUCUGCACUUCCUAUUCUCGAAGUUUGUCACAUCAUGAACACCGAGCAUACCGUAAACAAACGCACUGAUUUCGAUUGUCUUAGUUCGACUUACGCAGGAAUAUUACACACACUAAAGACCAAAAUAGGCAAUAGAUCAGAAUUAUAA